AUGAGCAAUCCUUUCGAUAAGCGGCGGCCUCCGACUCAAGGACCACGCGAAAUCUACGGGCCACGAAUCUAUAUUGUCGCCAUAUCUGCAACAUGGGCCUCUGCCAUGUAUGGCUAUGACUCCGCCUUCAUCGGGGGAACAUUGGAGCUUCCAUCGUUUAAAACAUCCUUUGGCUUGAGCGGCAGUGAUUCAACCGCUAUUUCAUCCAAUGUCGUGUCCACAUUCCAGGCCGGAGCCUUCUUCGGUGCCAUACUGGGCUUUUUCUUUGCCGAAACAUUUGGCCGCAAGCCUCUCAUUUUGGGGUCUGGCGUUGUCUUUUCUAUUGGGACAGUAUUGCAGAUUAUCGGGCGCCUCUCGCUGCUGUAUGUUGGCCGAGUCCUCACCGGCCUGGGUGUGGGCGCCUCCUCAACCAUCAUUCCCAUCUACAUUUCCGAAUGUUCACCUGCUCUGAUCCGAGGCCGCCUUGUCGGGCUUUUUGAAAUCAUGCUGCAGAUUGCUCUUGUGUUUGGUUUCUGGGUAAAUUACGGGGUCAACAAAAAUAUAUCUGGCAUGACUGCUAUGCAGUGGAGGAUUCCCGUCGGUAUCCAGUUGAUCCCAGCUGGUCUGCUGCUUCUAUCCAUGAGCUGGAUGAUUGAGAGUCCACGCUGGCUGGCAAGCAAAAACAACAUUGACAAGGCACACAAAACCCUAGCCUGGGUUCGCAAUCUCCCGCCAGAUCAUGUAUAUGUGGCAAACGAGCUGGCAGAAAUCCAGACUGCGAUUAACCACGAACUUGAAGCCAAUGGCGGGAAGCGCAAUUUCGGUCAGAUUCUUCGUGAAUGUAUUGCUCCGGGGGUUCGGAAUCGAAUCAUGAUUGCAGUCAUCUUGAUGCUCUUGCAGAAUCUAACUGGAAUCAACGCCAUCAAUUAUUACAGCCCUACUAUCUUCCGUUCGAUUGGCUUCACCGGAACCUCCGUCGGUCUAUUAGCCACAGGAGUCUACGGCCUGGUCAAGAUGGCCACGACCGCCGUAUUCAUGAUCUGGAUAGUAGACCGAUUCGGGCGACGGCCAGCACUGCUAGUGGGAGCAACAGGCGCCGCCGUGGCCAUGUUCUAUCUCGCAAUCUACUCGCAAGUCAGCGGUUCCUUCGACCAAGCCCCACCAAGCGACGCCGGAGCCCGAGUCGCCGUGGCAAUGGUCUACCUGUACGCGAUCUUUUACGGAUUCUCCUGGAACGGCAUCCCAUGGAUCUUUGCAUCCGAGGUUCUUCCUUCGCGCGUCCGAACCAUCGGCAUGAUGUGCUCUGUGUGCAUGCAGUGGCUCGCUCAGUUCAUGGUGGUCUAUUCGUUGCCAUAUAUGAUCGCCUCGAUCAAGUUUGGCGCGUUUUAUUUCUUCGCCGCUUGCACUGUUGUUGCGCUCGUGUUUGCUUAUAUCUUCGUUCCUGAGACCAAAGGCGUGCCGCUUGAGGAAAUGGAUACUCUCUUUGGGCCUGACGUUAGUGUUUUUGCGGUCAAGGCGCGCCGGAAUUAUCGGGGGUUUCGGAGGACAGGGCUUGAGGCGAGUGCUUCGGCGCAAAGGAAGGAAAAGGAAAUCGGUCAUCUUCAUGUCGAGAAUGUCUAA